UGCACAGCUGAGAAAAUUUCCAUGCCUCGAAUUGACAAUGAUAUAAAAUUGGACUAUAAGGAUGUUCUUAUAAGACCUAAGAGAAGUACAUUAAAGACUCGCAUGGAUGUUGACUUAAAGAGAGAGUAUUUUUUUAGAAAUUCAAAGAGAAAGUACCUUGGAAUACCAAUAAUGGCAGCAAAUAUGGAUACUGUAGGAACUUUUGAUAUGGCCAUAGCACUCUAUAAACAUCAACUUUUUACUUGCAUGCACAAAUUUUAUGAUGCUGCUGAUUGGGAAAAAUUUGCUGAAGAAAAUCCCGAUAUUUUAGAAAAUGUUGCAGUAAGUUCAGGUAUUCAAGAUAAUGAUUGGCAAAACCUGAGCCAAAUUAUUAAAAAGGUUCCACUUAUUAAAUAUAUAUGCUUGGAUGUUGCAAAUGGUUAUUCUGAAAGUUUUGUCAAUUUUGUCCGCAAAACUAGAGAGUCCUUUGAUCAAACAUUACUAGCAGGGAAUGUUGUUACUGGUGAAAUGGUGGAAGAAUUAAUUUUAUCUGGUGCUGAUAUCAUAAAGGUGGGAAUUGGUCCUGGAUCAGUUUGUACAACAAGAAGUAAAACUGGGGUUGGUUAUCCUCAAUUGAGUGCUGUAAUUGAAUGUGCAGAUGCUGCUCAUGGCUUAGGAGGACAUAUAGUUGCAGAUGGAGGUUGUACAUGUCCUGGAGAUGUAGUAAAAGCUUUUGGUGCUGGAGCCGAUUUUGUGAUGCUAGGUGGCAUGCUAGCUGGUCAUGAUCAAUCUGGAGGGGAUAAAAUUGAAAAAGAUGGGAAAAUUUAUAAACAGUUUUAUGGAAUGUCAUCAUCAGUGGCUCAAAAAAAAUUUUCUGGGAAGUUGUCAGAAUAUAGAGCAUCUGAAGGCAAAACGGUCGAAAUUCCUUAUAAAGGUGAUGUAAAUAACACAGUGUUGGAUAUCUUAGGCGGAAUGAGAUCAGCUUGCACUUACAUAGGCGCCGCCAAAUUAAAAGAAUUAAGUAGAAGGACAACUUUUAUCCGAGUAUCUCAACAAACGAAUCCAAUAUAUAUGACACAAGAAAUCGCCACUCCCCAUUAUUAUUCCAAUAUAUCUAAAAAUUUAGGCAAUUUAUAAAGAAAAGCAUGAUACUUGAUUAUUUACUGAUUAAUGUAUGAUAUUUUUGAAGUUUUUUAAAAUAAUUAAAUGAAAUUGCCCUAAUAAUUAUUUUUCUAAAUUUAUUU